CAGACAGACUCCAGCGGGUGGGGGCAGCGCGCACGGACACAUACCGAUGUCGAAGACGGCAUGACCAAAUUGGGGUCUGCUGCUGCAGUUCCUGUGGAAUUUAUAAGCUGAAAGGCGCACGGUGAAGAGUGCCCAGUGGAACCAACUCUUACUUUUCGACUCGCUUUGUUGUUGUGGUGGUCUGCUGCUCGCGGCGAUACGGCUUUCUUCUUCUUUCUGUCUCGACCUCGCUUUCUGUUUUGGAGUACGGCACUAGAGAAGCGCAACUGAUUUCGUGGACUGGAGCCGGGGGGCGCCGUUCCUUUGAAGGCGCUGCUGGACUCUGCACAGCGAGGAGAAGCCAUGGAGGGCGACUGUCUAAGCUGCAUCAAGUACCUCAUGUUUAUCUUCAACUUCUUCAUCUUUCUGGGUGGAUCCUGCCUGCUGGGAAUCGGGAUCUGGGUGUUGGUGGACCCCACAGGCUUUUGGGAGAUUGUCGCCGCCAACCCACUUAUCUUCACCGGGGCCUACAUUAUCUUGGCCAUGGGCAGCCUGCUGUUCCUUUUGGGAUUCCUGGGCUGCUAUGGUGCCGUCCGUGAGAAGAAGUGCCUGCUGCUUUUUUUCUUCAUGCUCAUUCUCAUUAUCUUCCUGGCAGAGCUGGCGGCUGGAAUCCUCGCCUUUAUCUUCCGGGAAAACCUGACGAGGGAGCACUUCACCCAGGAACUGAGGAGCCACUAUCAGAGGAGCAACGAUACGGAUGUCUUCACGGCCACGUGGAACGCCGUCAUGUCCACGUUUGACUGCUGCGGAGUUAACAGCGCCGACGAUUUUGAAGACAGCAUAUUUCAGCAGAUAAAUACAGAUCUGGUCCCGGAGGCCUGCUGUAAGAAGACCCCAAACAGCCAGGGGGCGCAUUACCUCAGCAGGGAGAGGUGCUCCAUGGGAAUGAUGGAAUACAGAAACACAAAGGGCUGCUACUCGACAGUCGUCGAGUAUUUCGAGACGUACAUCUACCUUGCUGGCGGCCUGACGAUCCUGGUGCUGACCAUCGAGCUCUUCGCCAUGGUCUUUGCCAUGUGUUUGUUUCGGGGCAUCCAGUAAGGUUUGUGUGUGUGGACACCGAGAACCUGCAAAAGAAGAUUUGUGUUCAACAGGUGAAGACACGCAAAAAAAUAUGAAGUGACCAAAACACUGUAUACGUACUUCAGGGCUGGAACUUUGAGGUGCUGAAAAGACAAAGAGAGACUGAAAUGAGGAAAAAUACUGACGGACGGAUUUGUAUUUUAUUUUAUUUCUUUUUUGUAACUCCUUUUGCUCACCUGCGAGAUGCAGGGGAGCAGGACGUGAACUGUGAGCAUCGCACUGCCAGCUCGCUGCUGCUGCCCCCUGGUGGCCGAAUGGUGGCGCACAUCACCAUGGCGUGCUGCAGCCGUCGGACCCUCUUUGUUUUACGUGUUUUUACGACUCUCUAUUCCCUCCUUGUUUGUUUUAAUUAUCUGCUCUACGAUUAUAGUGAUGAUGACUGCAAUAUUAUUAUUAUAAUUAUUUUUUAUUAUUACUAUGACAAUGAUGCUUCUUAGGGUUCCCAGCCUCCAAACAAGCGCUUGUGUCGCCAGUAGAACUGCGACUGAUGGAGAUGUUUGGAUCGCUGGCGCCCUCCAGUGUUAGCAUAUGCUAGUUGUGGGUUUCUUGCACUUGGGCAGGUGGCCACAGGUCUGCUCAUCAUGCCAAAGAGAUGGCACUCCCUAUCCAGAACGUUCCCUCCCUGCCCACCCCUUCUAUCACUGACCACUAGGAUUGGGAGAGGGGAGAAAACGGGGUGAUUUGGGGAUUGCAGGUCACUCCCACUAUCCCGCAGCGCCCCCUUCUUACCUGCCAAUUGGGUAUCAUUGCUUCCCCAUCCCUUUACAGUUAAUGCACACCAAAUAGAAAUUGCAAUAUAGUGCCUUUCACUGUGAGCCUUUUCUCCAAGAACUUUGUGCUUAAAAAUCCCUAGAUAGUAGUCUGGGACACUAAAUGACUUGUUCAUGGUGAAUGACCCUAGCCAGCCACUGGGGUCGGGGGACCACACUUCCCUUGACGUGUUCUGCUGUUCUGUACCAGUUUGGUUUGUUCAACCUGCAUAAAACAACUUGGCACUUCCUCGUCUGGUAGGUAGGGGGCAACGUUGAGCUCACAGAAUGCACCCACACAUAAGAGGAGAAAGUGAUCGUGCAUGCCCAGUCUGUCUCAUAGGGUCCACCAUUGGCAUAAUUUGUGACCAAUGCCAAUUGAAGUGAUGUGUUUGUUAUGAAGGGCAUAAGGCAGCCCUAAAUCUGACCAGUAACAGCUGCCAGCCCACCACUCGGCCCCCAUCAUACAUCGCAGUCUGUCUAACAGCUGGGUCUUACUGACCCCUAGUGGAUGUUCUACUGUAGCUACAACCUGGCCUAGAGGAUGACUUGUAGAUAGGAACAUAUGAUGAUGGGGGACAGGAUGAGGCCAAAGAAGGUAGUUUGAAGGGGUCUCAAAUUAUACCCUUGAUGCCCCCCUACACUUUACUAAGUACGUUCCCACUUUAAAAUUCUCAGUGCCAUUGACUUUUUAUUAUUCAAGGGGAAGGAAGAGGAUGUGGAAGUGAGUCACAAAUAUCAGCCUGGGUUUUGGCAUCACGAUGAAAGGCACUAUAAACAAUAUAUAUAAUGGGUCUCGCCCUAUGACCCCUCCCCAGGCUUUAUUACAUUUAUACCCCGUUUUAAAAUCUUGGUGGCAUCACCUUUUUGUUAUUCUUGGGGAAAGAAGAGGAUGUGGAAGUGAGUCACAAAUAUCAGCCUGGGUUUUGGCAUCAUGAUGAAAGGCACUAUAAACAAUAUAUAUAAUGGGUCUCACCCCAAGUGCCCCCCCUAGACUUUAUUACAUAGUACCCCACUUUAAAGUUCUAGGUGGCAAUUUGAUUGAGUACAAUAUACUUGGGAAAGGAAGUGGCAACAUGAUGAAAGGCGCUAUAUACAAUAUAUAUAAUGUGGACCCCUCCCCAAUGCUUUAUCACAUACAUACACCACUUUAAAGUUCUGGGUGGCAUCGACUUUUUUACUAUGCUUGGGGAUGGAAGAGGAUGUGGAAAUGAAUUAGAAAUACCAGCAUUGGUUUUGGCGUCAUGAUGAAAGGCACUAUAUACUAUAUACAGUAUGUAUAUAUAUAUAUAUAUAUAUAUAUAUAUAUAUAUAAAAUGGGUCUCAACCCAUGCAGGUUUAUUACAUAUGUACUACACUUUAAAUUUCUAGGUGGCAUUGCCCUUUUAGGCUGGGAAAGAAAAGAGGACGUCGAAGCAAGUGACAAAUUUGAGUGUGGGUUUUGGUGCCACACUGAAAGGCACUAUAUACAAUCUAGAAGGACUGCUCUGAUAGCUUUAGAAUUAUAUUGAUAAUUCCAUUCCCAGUGAUCACAGCAGAAAGAUGGUGGCAGAGUAAUCCAAACAUUGUGUCCGAGUCAAAUCCCAGGUGCUCUUUAUCAGAAGGAUGCCCACCGUGAAAGGCGCUAUAUACAAUUCUCUGUCUUGGUCACUUUAUUGCUUUUCAUGGAUCUUUUCAUUUUCCACCUCUUGGUUGUGCCACCUGCUGAUGAGAGUUGGCAGUGCGUAUUCUGAUAGUUGUGCUCAAUUCUUGAGCUGUCGCACCGGGUGUGGCACACCGGGCCUUGGGUUCAUUUAUUCAGUUGGGCAUACAGAAUGAGAAGUUGUCUGUCCUUGAUAUGGCCUUGCCAUCUCAUUGACUGCUGCCAGUUUAGAUGUGGCAGCCAAGUGGUUGCCAUUGUAAAAUACUGUAUGUACAUAUAUUUUUUUUUACAUUUGGAAAAGAGCAGCAUAUGCUUUCCUUCCUUACUAUUAGGCAACCCAGAAGGAGGAGAGUCCCCAAUUAUGAUCAUACAAUGUUCAAUCCCACUACUGCCACCACAUUCACCCCAUUAGCAAGUCACUUUGUUGCCAUGCUGUGUAUUAUAAAAGACCAGAAGCCUCCAGGUGCCUUCUUGAAAGACGCUAUAUGGUAGAAUGACAUGCUUCUUAUCACUGUUUCUACCUCCAAGGUCUCAGAAAUAGAGACAAGGGUGCAAAUUCAGAUUUUUGAGUCUGAGGGGUGCCACAAAGCCUAACUUGGGAAGAAAGCUGGCUAAGCCAAUCAUGCUCAGCCACCAUAAAACCACAGGAUUUUACAUCCAAAAAGAAAAAGAAGGCAACGCUGCCCUCUGCUGAGGUGGCAUGAGCUGAAGGAAGGAGAUGGCAGAGCAUGCCCUGCUAACUACAAAACCUGUGAUGUCACGGCCAAGAGCAUCAAAGGCACUGGUCGGCCAUGGCCUUUUAUUUUCCAAUUACAAUUUGAAAUUUGGACUCUGCUUCCUGGUGGCUUGAACCCGAGUCCUCUGAAGGUAGCCUGGCUUCUUCAGCCUUCCUUUAUCAAUUUAUUUUAGGUAUUAAAAACACACACACAAUCUGCAGCUCUUCUGUUUGUUUGUUUUUUCUGCCUCCGGAACUUUGUCAGUGAAGUUGUUAAUAUGCACACAAAAUAAAGGAUUAUUUUUA